AUGGACCUCGCAAUAGCAAUCAUCGUUCAACUUUUCCAAUGGAACUGGGAUAGUAUAGCCCAAGAAUGCACGCAAUACCUCGGCCCCGCAGGGUACGAGUGGGUUCAAAUUUCCCCGCCAUCCGAACAUGUUACUGGCGACUCUUGGUGGACGGACUAUCAAGUGGUAUCUUACACCCUCACCUCGAAGCGUGGUAACCGUGACCAAUUUGCCAACAUGGUUUCGACGUGCAAAUCUGCUGGCGUCAACAUCAUCGCUGAUGUGAUCUGGAACCACAUGGCCGGUACUGAUAGCGGAAGUGGCGUCGCAGGCAAUACCUUUACUCAUUACGACUACCCGGGAACCUACUCCGGCUUCGACUUUCACUACUGCGGCACCACCGGUGACGCGAUCCUGGACUGGGGCAACAAAACUCAGCUUCAGACGUGUCAACUCGAGAAUCUCGCUGACCUCAACACUGAGACGGAGUACGUGCGCUCUCGACUGGCCCAGUACGGCAACGAUCUCUUGUCGCUCGGAGUCGCCGGCUUCAGACUCGACGCCGCUAAACAUGUCAAUAUCGACUCGCUCUCGAACAUCGUAUCGCGCCUCUCGAGCAAGCCUUACAUCACCCAGGAAGCCCUCGGUAGCGGCCAACCCAUCCCUCCCGAGAGCUACAACACUCUUGGCGACGUCACCGUAUCCGACUACUACGGUGAUCUUCAGAAGGCCUUCACGUCGACCAACCUCGCUUCCCUUAACGGCAUUGAGAAGAAGUUCGCUGUUGCGUCCAGCGGCGCUUCUGUCACUGUUGCUACCCACGAUUCGGAGCAUGGCUCGGGAUCCUUGACGUACCAGAGCGCCAACAACUCCUACACCCUGGCUCACGUCUUCAUGCUCGCGUACCCCUACGGCACACCCACAAUCUUAUCCAGCUACACCUUCGACAACACUGACGCCGGAGGACCCAACGGCAACUACGGAACCUGCUACGGCUCCGGAGGUGUCAACGGCUGGCUCUGCCAGCACCGCUGGACGCCCAUCGCCGGCAUGGCCGCCUUCCGCAACACCGUGGGCAGCGCGGCGGUGUCGAAUUGGCAGCAAGGUUCCACCAACCAAAUCGCAUUUGGCCGAGGUUCUGCUGGCUUCGUAGCGAUCAACAACGAGAGCGGCGCAUGGUCGAAGACGUUCACGACCAGCCUGCCGGACGGAACAUACUGCAACGUCAUUGACGGCGCGAUCUCGAGCGGUGCCUGCAGCGCUUCCACGUUCACCGUCGCCGGCGGCAAGUUUACCGCCACCGUGCGUGGCUAUUGGGCCAUCGCCCUGCACACCGGCGCGAAGCUCUAA